UCUUUUUAUUUGAUGUAGUUCUAUUUUAUUUUAUUCUAAAGGGAUAUACCCUAUAUAUUGAAGAUAUAUUUAACAUCAUAUCAUGAAGAGUCUUAUCAACAUGGUAUUAGUUUUAAUGUUAAUUAAUUUAUGUCAUUUUAAGGCCAGCCCUACAAAAGCAAAGAAACUCUAUCACUCCCUCCCUUCUAUAGUCUUUUGUUAUGUAUUCAGGAAGUUGUUCACACAUGGUCUGUCCAAUACGUCACAAUUCAAACAGCGUCCCAACUGCACACAGCCCGUGCUACACAGCUCACUCACAGGCACAAAAGAAAACAAACCUGUUUGUCUGCCUCUUAGCUACCCGGAAACUGAUCAGAGAGAGAGAGAGAGAGAGAGGUGAAUGUCUUGAGUUCCUGUCCGCAACCAACAUGAGUGUAAGUGCCUCUUCAAAAUUUUGGACACAGAGAUACAAUCAGACAGAUUGAGAGACACCAUAUGGAUGAGAGAGAUAAUGACUGAGCAAGAGCACUAAAUGGCUGUGUGGGUGGAGUGACGUUGCAGGAGGCCGGUAGAUCUGAGAGCAAAAAUUAGUAUCUGAAGAAUUCAUGUUUUAGGGUUUCGUUUAGCUUGUUCGCAACAUCUUUGUAAUGGAGAAAUGUCAAAAGGACACCUGAACUUUGGAGCUUUUUUUUCCUCUAGAGCAAUAGCAUAUUUUUUGACGACAUCUGGAACCAACCUGCAUACUUUUCGUAAGGUGUUGCAGGUGUGUUGUUUGAAUAAGUGAGCUCUUCUUGUUCUGCUUGUGAAGCAUCUGUAUCCCUCAGUAGCAAUGGUGACAAACAUCUCUCGUCACUUCGUCGCCUUUGACCUGAUCUGUGGACCUUGAUAUGGACAAUUCAAGAUUUUUCAACUGGAUUAUAGAACAAAGUUUUGCAGUGGUAAGAUGACAAUUAAUUUCGAAAUCAUUACAAUUACAGACAUUUUUAAACCACUGUUUCAUCAUUAUAUCAUCAACAUCAGUGAUAACAAGACAAAGAGUUACCUGGGAAGUGGUUUUCAGAUGCACGCUACCUAAAAAUAGAUAUCUUUUCUGAGAAUAAUGGGACAAACUAACCACUUGUUAUUGUAUCUGACAAUUUGAUAAGUUAUAGGCUCAGAGGUUUUCAUCUUUUCAUGCUAGCUCUGCUAAAAACGAUGCUCUCCAUAGACUCAACCGAUCAUCAAUUGUUGUAUCAUGCAUACAAGAGGACAACUGAAUCGAAUAGACCUUAAUUGUGUGAAGGAAGUGAGUGGAUUCAACACUAUCUUAGACAACUGUUGAUUCAGACUCUUGUCUGAACAUUAACAUAGGCUGGCUAGCACUCCACGUGUGACUCAUUGGAUACAACUCAUCUAUGAUGGCAACAGCUAGGCGUUCAGGGCCUGCAGGCCGAACUCAAAUUCUUGAUGCUUCUCAAUCUAUGUCCCAGUCCCCCACCAGUGCGGACCGUAAACUUCUUGAUAAAGUUUUCAAGAGACUGGACAAACUGCAUAAACUGAGCACCGACCCCAGGCUGGGUCUAAAAAACAGUCCGCCGUACCUCCCCGAGCUGGUGUCGGAGACGGCCAUCCACCUGACAGAAGUAUGGGCUCCCUACCGGGGGUCAAUGAUGGCCGUGCCACGAGGGGACGAGGGUGAUUAUCUGAGGAUCCAUAUUCGACACUUGCUGGACAAGACAGAUAGAGCUGUGCUGCUGUUCAAAGAUGGCAAGGAGAAGAUGUUUGAAGAGACAUCAAGCUACAGGAGAAAUCUUACUAAGCUGUCGCUUCUGUUCAGCCACAUGUUGAACGAACUACGAACUCUGUUUCCUGGGGGACGAUUUCAGGGUGAUACUUAUAGAGUUACAAAGACAGAGGCCAAAGAUUUCUGGAGGAAGGCUUUUGGACACAAGUGUAUAGUGCAGUGGAACAUUUUUAAACAGCAGUUGAGGAAGGUUCAUUACUUCGAAGAGGGAAUGGAGGCCAUGGCUUUGAAGUCCACAGUUGAUCUCACUUGUAACGAUCAUAUAUCCAUCUUUGAGUUUGAUAUUUUCACCAGGCUUUUUCAGCCCUGGUCAACUUUGAUAAGGAACUGGAAUCACUUAGCAGUAACUCACCCUGGAUACAUGGCGUUUCUCACCUACGACCAGGUCCGGGUUCGACUGGAGCACUACAGACAUCGUCCUGGCAGCUACAUCUUUCGUCUCAGUUGCACACAAAUGGGUCAGUGGGCGAUUGGUCACGUGACCAGUGAUGGCAGCAUCGUGCAAACCAUUCCCCAGAAUACACCUCUCUACCAAGCACUCAUACAAGGUUUCAGGGAGGGCUGCUACUUAUACCCCGAUGGACGUGAUGUGAACCCUGACCUCACCAGCCUGUGCAGUCCAGCUAACAAGGGUCGAGUCAAAGUCACAGAGGAGCAAUAUGAAUUAUACUGUGAGAUUGGCAGCACAUUUCAGCUCUGCAAAAUCUGCACAGAACGAGACAAGGACACUCGCAUUCAGCCCUGUGGGCAUCUGCUGUGUCAGCCCUGCUUGACUGGCUGGCAGAAGUCAGAUGGACACACAUGUCCCUACUGCCGCUGUGACAUCAGAGGCACGGAGUCCAUCCUCAUUGAGCCCUACCUGCCAGCGAGAGCCAGGAGGGCAGGGGGGAAUGAGGAAGAGGAUGAAGAUGAAGAUGAAGAUGACGAGGAUGAUCAUGAGGAUGUAGAGCUGGUAAUGAAAAAACUGGCUUGUAUGAAAAAGAUAUCACAGGACGAGUAUCAAGUUCCCCGUUCCGGUCUGUUACCUCCUCCCCUUCCUCCCAAAAGAAAUUCACUCUCGCCAUGUCCUUCUCCCAAAACACACUCCAGAUCUUUUGACGCAGGCAUACAGGUCAGCCAGUAUAGUUUGAAAGUCAAACACAGUUCCUGGUCAGAAAACAUGCUAAGACAAACUUCCUCAGAUAGAAGCGAGGAACUUUUGGAAGACUUCCGUCCCUCCUCUUUGCCAUGUGGUAGACACGGUGGGAUACCCUGGGAAGGGCCUUCAGAAACUGUAAAAAAGAAGAGGAGAGCGAAAAGAAGGGACAGGGAAGACGAGAGUGAGAGAGGUGUGGCGGACUCAGCAUCUCUCUCAGGAAGACACUGCCAUGGGGAGACCCAAGAAAACACUUCAACCUGACAACAAAAUUUCAUCUCAGACUUCAGACUGUAAAAUAUAUUAGCAAGACAAAGAAAUCGUGCGAUAUCAUCAACACUGGACAACCAAAAUAAUUCAAAGGACUUAAUAUUUACCAGAUUCAGAAGAGAUGUGUAUAUAGGAAUGUUAGUUCAAUUGAUCUUUGCAUUGACAAAGCAGAAAACACAUCUUAAUGCUCACACAUUUUAAGACAUUUUAAAUUCUACCUCAUGCCUACUAAAUGUUUAGAGAAAAGCACUGUUUUGAUAGAUCGCAUUGAAUAAAAAAAAUUAAGAUAAAACAAA